AUGGCUGCUAAACCACGUGCUGAGAUGUCCCAGGAGGAGCUGGAUGCUCUGGAACAAGAAGAAUUCAAAAUUGGCCCACUUUCCGUCCUCAACCAGUCCGUUCAGAAUAAUGGUCAGGUCCUGAUCAACUGCCGAAACAACAGGAAGCUUCUGGGAAGAGUGAAGGCUUUUGAUAGGUAUGUUUUUUGUAGAUUUUCUUGGAUUUGGACUUUAGGUAUGGAGAAUAAAACGGAUUUUGAGGUUUUUGAAAGGCAGAUGGUUAGGGGCAGAAUGAAUGCUCCAAACUUGUUUGAAAGGGGUUUAGAAGGUUGUCAAGUUGUUUUAUUUGAGGGAAUCUGCCUUUGGGAUUAUUUUUGGAGUUUCUUGAAGUGCUAAGGCAUGGAUAAUAAAAAGUAGAGACAAAACUAAAUAUUCUUAAGUAUGAAUGCCCUUCUUUUACUUCAACAAACUAAAUUCUUCCUCUUUUCAGACACUGCAACAUGAUCCUCGAAGAUGUGAAAGAAAUGUGGACGGAACUUCCAUCAACCGGUAAAGGCAAGAAGAAGGCGAAGCCCGUAGCGAAGGAUCGCUUCAUUUCCAAGAUGUUCCUUCGAGGAGAUUCGGUGAUCAUGGUAUUGAAGAACCCCCAAGCCAUUGGAAAGUAA